AUGCGAUACCGAGACCAGUUGGAUUUGGUCUUGACCAACAUUUCGAUCAACGUUGAGCCAGGCCACCAAGUGGGCAUAUGUGGCCGGACAGGGUCGGGCAAGAGUUCGUUAAUGGCAGCUUUGUUUCGCAUGGUGCCAGCGUCGUCUGGGCGUAUCACGAUUGAUGGGGUGGACAUUGCCAGUGUGAGCGUGACCAGUCUCCGCCAAGGUCUGACCAUCAUUCCGCAAGACCCGGUGCUGUUCAGUGGGUCCAUUCGACUCAAUUUGGACCCGACCAAUUGCGCCACGGACGCCGAGCUGUGGACGGCCCUCAAGCAGGUGCAUUUGAGUGGAGCAGUCAUUCCGACCUUGGAGUUUGCCAUUUGCGAGCGCAGGUCGAAUCUGUCGGUGGGGCAGCGGCAGUUGGUGUGCAUAGCUCGGGCGUUGCUGCGGCAGUUCAAGGUUGUCGUGCUGGACGAAGGAACUUGUGCACGGUGGCUACGAUGA